AUGGCCACUCUCACCAUGACUCCCACACGCCAGCCCUUGGGCUGUAUCGACACGAUGCGUCCUCUGAUGUCAAAGUUGAACCGUCAAAGCAACGCUGGUCCCAAGUCUAUGAAAUCCAACACCAUCUUCGUUGACUCAGAGAACAUUGACCCCUCCAAACUCUCCGCAAAGCGCAAGCGCACCUGCGACGACGAAGAACCCAAGGCUUCCAAGCCCAAGACCUCUCGCAUGGCUCUUUCCACCCACAUCUCCCCGCGUCUCUCGACUCCCUUGAGAACAUCCCAAACAAUCUCAACCCCAAAGUCCGCCCCAAUCCUCAAGCCUGCUGGUCGCUCCCCACCACCAAAGUCCUGCAAGCCCGGCCGCCGCUCAGCUAUCUCCAAGCCCCGCUCUGAAUCAUCCGGAAAGCGCGCUGUUGCGCGUCCUUUCUCGCUCGCUUCCGCUCUCCAGGCAUCAUCGUCUCCCAAGCCUGCGCCUAAGGCUCCUAACUCGUGGUUCUUUGAUAUCCACGUUGACUCGGAGCAGGAAGAGAUGACCAACCUCAUGCAGCACUCUACCACUGUUCUUGAUAUAAGCGAUGACGAGGGCAAGUCUGUCCCCAGUGAUGAUCGUGGAAAGGAGAACGUUCCUCCUGUCGAGCUUGGAAUUGAGCUCCUCGGUUCUCCUGUUACUGCCGCUGCUACUGCUGUGCCUGCCUCCCGCAAGGAAUCGAAGAUGGAGGAGGACCGCGCCCCACUCGGAGAGCUCAAUGCUGCCGACUUUUAUGCUGAGGACUGCAAUGCAUUUUCUUAUGUGGUUGUCCACGAGCAGACCGUGUCUGAGUUCAAGAAGCCCUCUUCGCCUCUUGCUCAGAGCCAGGAAGCCCUCAUCUCUACUUCCAUUGCUUCGGUCCUGGAGGCUGUUACUGCCAAGCCUGCUGCCACUGCUGAGACUGAAUCCCAGAGUGCUGAUAGCUCAGGCUAG